AUGGCAUGGGAACAACUGGAUGUCACAGAUGCUCACAUUGCGUAUGCACUCAUUGGUGCGUUUACCACCUUAUUCGCGCUAUGUUCACUCUUCAUUAAGGAGCAGCUCUACAUAGGAGAGGCUACUUUGGCUUCGGUCUUCGGAGUCAUCUUUGGCCCCCAUUGUCUCGGCUGGUUUGACCCUUUAUCGUGGGGAUCUGGCGGUGGAACUCAGGACUACUUGACCCAGGAAAUUUCGAGGAUCAUUCUGAUUAUCCAGAUCUUUGCGGUGUCUGUAGAGCUUCCACGCAAAUACAUGAAGCAUCAUUUCCGUUCAAUUGCCAUUCUUUUGUUUUUCGGAAUGACCGCAUCUUGGCUAGUAACGGCUGGGUUCAUUUACCUUCUUUUUGGCUCAUACCUAAGGUUUGUACACACUCUGUUGAUCUCAGCAUGCGUUACUGCCACAGACCCGGUCCUAGCAGCUGCUAUAGUUGGAAAGGGCAAGUUUGGCCAGCGAAUCCCUGGUCAUUUGCGCAAUCUGAUCAGUGCAGAAUCUGGGGCAAAUGACGGGAUGGCUUUUCCGUUUGUGCUGUUGAGUUUAAACCUUGUUCUUCACCAAAACGAAGCAGGUCUAAUUGUCAAGAACUUCAUCUGUAUAGCGGUACUAUAUGAGGUUUGCUUUGGUAUUUUGUUAGGAUGUGUCAUUGGAUUCCUCGGCAGAAAAGCAAUCAUUUUCUCUGAGAAGCACGAUCUAAUAGACCGUGAGUCAUUUCUCGUAUUCUACGUGGUUUUAUCGUUGAUCUGUACUGGAUGUGGUUCAAUUCUUGGAGUUGAUGAUUUGCUUGUAUCGUUUGCAGCAGGGGCCGCGUUUUCGUGGGAUGGAUGGUUUGCAAAGCGAACAGAGGAAUCAAACCUUUCCAAUAUCGUUGAUUUGUUGCUAAAUGUGACUUAUUUCCUGUAUUUUGGCUCAAUUGUGCCUUGGGCUGAUUUCAACAACGCCGCACUGGGAUUGGACUGGUGGAGACUAGUGCUGCUUGGUAUUGCAGCUGUUCUGUUCAAACGGAUCCCAGUGAUGCUGGCUCUGAAGCCUGUGACUCCUGAUUUGAGAUCAUGGAAGGAGGCGCUUUUUGCAGGCCAUUUUGGGCCAAUUGGUGUCGGUGGAAUCUUUUGUUCGAUUUUGGCCAAGAGUCAAAUAGAGAAAAGUUUGGUUAAAAGAGGCGAAGAUCAAGAGGUCCCAUUCGAGUAUUUGCCCACUGACAAAACUUCUGAUCAUUAUUUUUUGUUGAAUAUGAUCUGGCCAAUCGUGUCGUUCCUAGUGGUGAUUUCAAUUCUCAUCCACGGUUCGAGUGUGACGGUGAUGACUCUCAGCAGUUCCGUAAAAAAGCUGAAUUUGGUGAGCAAAUUGCCCAAAGCCGUGAUAAAAAUGCCUUCAAAAGCUGACAGAGACACAGGGAUGUCCCUUGAGAAAGACAAGGUUGACGAUCUCGAACUGGACGAAUUGGAAGAGCUGAAUGAACUGCGUGAAGGCCGUGCUCCUCAAGACGGAGAGAUGGUGAAUCGAACUCAAAAGGCCAAAAGACCAAAACAAACCGCAAGUACGUUAUCACAAAUUGCUCCUGAUUCUCGUGGAUUACCACGAAUCCCCGAAUUCGCUUAUAUACAGGGAACUAGAGUGAUUGUCGAGGACAAGUCUGGUGAGAUACUGGACGAAUUCGAGUUGGGUCAAGGCCACGAACAGAUCACAGGAAUAAAUAAUGCUGACCCAAGAGUGGACGAGCGUAAUCGCAGAAGAAACUACAAAGAUGAUGAAGUGUUGAACGCUUUUCAUGUCGACGACCGGAUCGUGAUCGAAAAUAAGGAGGGGGAGCGGAUUCGGGAGUAUGCAAUUCAUAAGGAAGCCAGUUCGGUUUGA